AUGGAGUCGCUGCCGGUCUGGUUGCUGUUCCUCCUUGUCUGUUGCGUCCUUCUCACCUUGGGGUGGAAGGGGGCUGCCACCAAAGGCCUCCUCCCUCCUGGGCCCACCCCCCUCCCCCUCCUGGGGAACUUCCUCCAACUGGACCGCAAGAACGUGAUCAAGUCCCUCAUGAAGAUGAGCGAGGAGUACGGGCCGGUGUUCACAGUCUACCUGGGAUUUCGGCGCGUCGUGGUCCUGUGCAGCUACAAGGUGGUGAAGGAGGCCCUGGUGGAGCAGGCGGAGGAGUUCAGUGGGCGCGCGCAGCUGCCGGCCUUCUCCAAGGAUUUCAAGGAACACGGGGUUGUAUUUUCAAAUGGGGACCGCUGGAAACACCUCCGUCGCUUCUCUCUCCACACACUGAGGAAUUUCGGGAUGGGAAAACGAUCUGUCGAGGAGCAGAUCCGGACAGAGGCCCAGUUCCUAGUUCAGGAGCUCUGUAAAACUGAAGAGAGGCCCUUCGACCCAGUCUUCAUCAUUAGCCGUGCCGUAUCCAACGUCAUCUGCUCUGUUGUUUUUGGGGAUCGCUUCGAAUACGACGAUGAGAAGUUCCUUGUACUGAACAGGCUGAUAACAGAGCGCGUUGCCAGUUCACCCAUGGCUCAGCUGUACAACAUGUUCCCAGAGAUCAUGGAGAAAAUCCCUGGACCGCACCACAGGGGCAGCAAAUGUUCCCAGGAGAUCAUCAGCUUCAUUCUGGAAAGAAUCGAGAUGCGGAAGGCCUUGCUGGACCCCUGCAUGCCCCAGAAUUACAUCGACUGCUUUUUAGUGAAGAUGGAGCAGGAAAAACAGAACCCAGGGACGGAAUUUUGCCUGGAGAAUUUGGUGAUGACCACAUUCAAUUUAUUCUUUGCUGGAACGGAGACCAUCAGCACCACCCUGAGAUACGGGUUCCUCAUCAUGUUAAAACAUCCACACAUUCAAGACAAGAUCCACAAGGAAAUUGACCGCGUGAUCGGGCGGGAUCGAGCGCCGGCCGGCGAGGACAGAAGCAAAAUGCCUUACAUGGAGGCCGUCCUGCACGAGAUCCAGCGGUUCAGUGACAUCCUCCCCAUGAGCCUUCCCCACGCCGUCACCCGCAACACCCACUUCAGGGGCUACGUCAUCCCUAAGGGAACUUACGUCUACCCGCUGCUCACCACCGUGCACUUUGACCCCGAGCAGCACUCCAACCCCUACGAGUUUGACCCCGGGAGAUUCCUGGACGCCAGAGGCUGCUUUCAGAAGGCGGAUGCGUUCAUGCCUUUCUCGGCAGGGAAGCGCGUAUGCCUGGGCGAAGGGCUGGCCCGCAUGGAGCUGUUCCUCUUCUUCACUGCUAUCCUGCAGGCCUUCACCCUCACAUCGCCCUUGCCAUCUGAGCAGAUCAGUCUUGAGCCUAUUGUGAGUGACCUCGGCAAGGUGCCUCCUCUGUAUCAGCUUUCAAUGCUCCAUCGCUGA